UCAAUUAAUUUUCUAUCUAGCCAUCAGUUUUAUGUAAAAUGUUUGGUUGAUUUAAAUUAAAAGUAAGUCUUGUUAGUCUAAAGUAAAUAUAUUUCUUUAAAUUAAAGUAAAAAUAUUGGUUUCUGUUGUCACGUGACUUCCAACGUCAUCCGUGGUCGUGCGUGAAAUGUUCCGCUUUCCGCCAUCUUGUUAAACCGCAUGGAAGAACUCCGCGUGGGAAAACGGGAAGCAAGAAAAUUGGAAAGGUUACUGAGGAACAACAAUUGGGACCGGUCAUUUUAAAUAUUGCUUUGGAUGGUCAGAGCACCAUGAUCUUACAGACCCAUAUCCACUUGUUCAGUACACAAUUGGGGGAAGACGCAUGGUGGUUCUGAAGAGAUAUAUACAUGUUUGAGAAUCUGUUAGCAUGUCAGGAAGAAGACCUGCCAAGCUUUUGGUGAUUGUGGGUGAAGAUGAUUCUAGAAAGUUGCUUCUUCCAGAUGGGAUUCCCGAAUCAGUGGAUGAGCUGAGUAAAAAAGUGAGGGAAGCUUUUGGAUUAAAUUGUAGAUUCAGACUACAGUAUCUGGACAAAGAUUUUGGGGAUGUAUUUGUGAAUUUGAUGGACACUGGAGAACUUCAGAGUCUUGGCACUCUAAAGAUUAUCCCGUUGCCAGACGAAGACUCAUUCACUGCUCAAACAAAUGAUUUGACCCAGAUGACCAAUGAUGAUGCUUUGUCCUCCGUUGACUCUGGCGACACUGAUGAUACAAUCAUCCUCUCACCACCUGGCUCAGAAACAGUUUCUACAAGAAAUCAACAGUGGCCAAAAGAAUUUAAUAUUCCACGCUUUUCUUAUGACACCGAACUCCAAUUAGAGAGGGGAAAUUCUCUUUUUAAGGCCAACGGAACAAGGCUGACUGUCACUCCAAAGAUGAAGUCUGAUAUUCUGGAGAAGGUUUGUGAUGAGAUAUACAAAUAUAAAUCUUAUCCCAGCAGUUUAAACUUCUGUGAAGUUUCAGAGGCACUUGUAAAGAAACACCCUUGCCUAGCAGAAAAGGGCUCCUUCAAUGGGUGCUAUGGGUGGACACAGAGACUAAAAAUGAAGAUGGGAAACCUACGCACACAGUUGAAAGGUCUUGGAUGCCCUGAGUAUUUGGUAAAUUCUCUCAAAACCAAAGCCUCCGACCAUGCUUUUCCGGCAAAAAAUGUUAAACGACCUAAACGUGGUGAGGCCAAUCAUAUCCCAUCCCUACCUGCUGGAGAGACAUCAGCAAACCUUGAAAUUGAGCGCCUGGCACUUGAAAAGGAAGUGAAGAAAAGAAACAAUGCAUUGACAAUUAGAGAAAAAAUGACUAAGACAUUUGCCUUGAGCAGACAAGAGAUUGUGGAAAACCAACCUAGUGUUCAAGAACUUCAAGAAAGAUGGCCAGCUCUGUUUCAACAAGAGGAGAUUAAUGCCGAAUUUUUUCGUAUCACGACCUUACCUUUGCAAUCAAGAUUUAUGGCCUCUUUGGACAGACAGAGCUCUCAGCUUCUCCAGGUUAUCAGGAGCAAAGGUGGACUCCUUCGUGAAAAAACUAAGGAUGUUAUAAAAGUAAUGGAUCAGAGUCCGGACAUGGACGUCAGAAGAGAGUGCCUGCUGAAGUGCCUGAUCAUGUACCUUGGUGAAGAUGCAAGCUGUCUGAUCAAAGAAUACCAGGCUGACCAGAGGGAGGAAGCGGAGAGAGAAUUUGAAAAGACCACUAUGGCAUUUUUUGUGAUCCGUGAAAGUGAUGCUCUUAGUCGUGUGCUGGACAUUUCCAUUGUCAUUGAAGGUGUGGAAGUACUGAAGGAGUUGCCCACUGUUGCCUGUGCCUGUGCCAUGAUGUUUGGACUCGUUUAUGCACUGAACCUAAAAUAUCCUGAAGGACUCAAAUAUACUUUUGAGGCCUUUCAGAAAAUCAUCAUGGACAUAGAGAGUAAGCAGAUGAGCCGAAGGGUGCAGAACCUCUCUUCAAAGCUGCAGGAGUAAGUUGUUUCCUUUGACCCAACUACAAUGUUCUGCUGAUGGUAAAUGUCUUUGAAGAUGUUGAACUGUAUAAAGCCUUUUAUACAAAACUGUUCACUAAACCUGAUUUGCUUUAUGUUAGGUAGGUUAGUUGAAUAGUUUACCCAAAAAUGAAAAUUCUUACGUUGUUUUCUUAUCCUUAAGCUAUUCAAGUAUUUAACUAUCACUUUAAAUUUGGCUCAGAGACAUUUUAUAAAAAUUAUGAGAGAAGUUUCCAUUUUUGAGUAAACUAUUCCCUGAAGGUGAAAAUGCUUUUUUCUUUCUACCAUUCACUAAAUUGGUAGGUGUUUUAUUAAGUGUUUGGUUUUACACUGCCCAUUUUAAACCAGUUUUUGGGCCAAACUUGUUUAAACUUCAGAAGAAUUCUAAAGGUCAACUAAAGGUCAGUUUUUCUUACAGAAUUUCAGAAUUCUCAAGAUUUUGUUCUAAUUUCCUGUUAAUGGAAAGAUUACAGAAUUCUAAAGAUUUGAUAGUGUAGUCGGUUCUAAGUGACUAUUAAAGGGUUAGUUCACCCAAAAA